AUUAGUGUUAUGAGAGACAGAGGAAGAGUUGUUAGUGUACACAGGCUGAGGAGGAAGGUGAGGAGCAACCAUAAGAAGAACAUGUCUCGUGAUACAUCUCCAUCUCGUAGUAAAGAACUUAAGAAGACUAACAAGAGAAGAUCAGUUUUGAGAUCCAGUUCUGAGGAGAGUCAGCAAGCUAGACACUCACGAUCAAGGUCAUCCUCAAGACACAGGGAGCGCUGUGAUCACAAGAAGAGUCAUAGAUCACGCUCGAGAGACAGAGGCAGACACAAGUCACGCUCCAGAGACAGACAGAAAUCUCGCUCGAGAGACAGAGACAGACAAAAAUCACGCUCUAGAGACAGAGACAGGCAGAGAUCACGCUCUAGAGACAGACAAAAAUCACGCUCUAGAGACAGAGACAGGCAGAGAUCACGCUCUAGAGACAGACAAAAAUCACGCUCUAGAGACAGAGACAGGCAGAGAUCACGCUCUAGAGACAAAGACAGGCAGAGAUCACGCUCUAGAGACAGAGACAGACAAAGAUCACGCUCUAGAGACAGAGACAGACAAAGAUCACGCUCUAGAGACAAAGACAGGCAGAGAUCACGCUCUAGAGACAGAGACAGACAAAGAUCACGCUCUAGAGACAGAGACAGACAAAGAUCACGCUCCAAAGACAGAGACAGGCAGAAAUCUCGCUCGAGAGACAGACAAAAAUCACGCUCUAGAGACAGACAAAAAUCUCGCUCGAGAGACAGACAAAAAUCACACUCAAGAGACAGACAAAAAUCUCGCUCGAGAGACAGAGACAGAGACAGACACAAGUCACGCUCGAGAGACAGGCAAAUGUCACAUUCACAAGACAGAGAAAGAAAAUGGUCAAAAUCCCUAGAGAGCGGAAGACCAAAGCAACAGUCAAGAUCAAGAGACAUUGACAGUUUUAACCACAACAGAAACAGUCACAGGUCCAGGUCUAGUUCUGAGGAAUCGACCUCCAAAAGUAGUUUAUCAAAAACAUCAAGUAAAUACAAGACAAACACAGAGAAAGAUCCCACCAGAUUGAGGAAACCAAUGACAUCCUUGACCGGGAGUUCAGACGAGAGCUCAGAAGAUGAUACUAAGCUACUGCUGCGCCUUCAUGAUGAAAGAAAGAAAGUAAAAGAGGAUAAAGUGAAGCAAAAGAAAGCAAAGAAACUCAUGGAAACUCCGGCAGAAAAACGAUUACGUCGACUUCAGAAAAAGGAAGCUAAGGAGAGAAAACGGAAGGAGAAGAUGGGCUGGGAUAGUGAGUACCUCCACUUUACCAAUGCAGACAACCCGUACGGUGAUAAUAAUCUGCUGGAUACAUUUGUCUGGAAGAAGAAACUGGAAAAAGAAGGCCUCACAGACAUCUCCAGGGAAGACAUAGAAAAACAAAACCGAGCCAAGAUGGACGAAAACAGAAUGGAGCUGGAGAAGGUUAAGAAGCGUCGCCAGGAGAGAGAACUAGAGAGACUGGAGCGGGAGAAGAUGAUGGAGCUGGAGCAGCGGCAGAGAGAGGCAGCACAAUUCUCACAGUUUUCAAAGCAGGAGGACCAGUUUCAGCUAGAACAAGCCAGGCUCCGGUCAUACAUUCGAAUUCAAGACGGACGAGCUAAGCCCAUUGAUCUUUUGGCUCAGUACGUGAGCUCAGAGGGUGACGUAUCCGCUGUGGACAUGCACGAGCCCUACACCCACCUGACGGGACUCACACUGAUGGAUCUAGAGGACCUACUGGAGGACAUUAAAGUAUACAUGCAGCUGGAAAAAGAAGGUUUGAACCAAACAUACUGGACUGACCUGACCAUCAUUGUACAAGAUGAGUUACGGCGCCUGCGCCAGCGUGACACGAUAGAAGACGCCACAACCCACCGUCAGGGCAUUCACGCGGCCGUAGCAGCUGAUGUCUCUUCUGUCUUCCAGAAUAAAUCUCUCUCUGAGCUCAAUAAAUUGCAAUUAAAUAUUGAGUCCAAAUUAUCUGGACCUACGACUGGGCUUGACAUUGGCUAUUGGGAAUCCUUACUGUCACAGUUGAAAGCUCACCAAGCUCGGGCAAGACUCCGCGAGCGUCACCGAGACAACCUUAGAAAGAAGUUGGAGAUGCUGAAGGCAGAACAGGGGGUGAAGGAGGAGGAAGAAAGACAUGGAGAGAAUGUUGAAUUAAAAGUGGAGGUAGAAACAGAGUCAAGUGAGGAAAGCACAGACGAAUCCAGGCCCGGCAAGGAGGAGGAUGAGGAUGGAGAGGAGAAACAAGAGGAGGUGGUGGAGGAUGACAAGAAAGACAAAAGUGGUGAUGAAGUAGAAGAAAAUGUAACAGAGAGAUGGGACUUGGAAUGUGAGGGUGAUGCAGCUAUUGCCACCUCAAUAUCAGCAUAUGUAGCAGGGCGAUACUCUCCCCGCCUGGUGUCUGGGAAUAAGUUAGAGCCUGGCACUGUCAUAGUGGAUGAAAGAGAAGAUGAACAGAGACUAGCGUGGGCCCGGCAGCGAGUUGUUGGAGCAGGUCAGCCGGUAGAGAGUGUCUUAUCUGCCGAGGAGAAGGUGAUGCAGCGUGAAGCUCAACGGGCCAUGGCCAACGAUGAAGCGCAGUUCAGUGUAGAAGCCAAGCUGGACACUCAACACUUCCUCUGGUCGGACAAGUAUCGGCCUCGCAAACCCCGCUACUUCAACCGCGUCCACACAGGAUUUGAAUGGAACAAGUAUAAUCAGACUCACUACGACAUGGACAAUCCUCCUCCCAAGAUAGUCCAGGGGUACAAGUUUAAUAUCUUCUACCCGGAUCUUAUUGACAAAUCCAAGACGCCGCAGUAUGAGCUCAUUCCCUGUGAUGACAACAAAGAUUUUGCCAUACUCAAGUUCACAGCAGGACCUCCGUAUGAAGCUAUCGCGUUUAAGAUUGUGAAUCGUGAGUGGGAGUAUUCUUAUAAGAGAGGUUUUAGGUGUCAGUUUCAUAAUAACAUCUUCCAGCUGUGGUUCCACUUUAAGCGGUAUCGGUACAGGAGAUAAAUUAUUCCUGCAUUAUUAUGUUUCUUCACAUUCAGGUUUUUUAGUACCUGACAAAUCUACUAAUUUUAUGAUAAUUAUUGGAAUUAUGACUGUUGCUUCUUUCAUAGUGAAUUGUAACAACUUAAUUAUCUUGAGGGUGAAGAGAAUAAUUUUUAAUUUAAAAGGGUGAAUAUACAGUAUACAGGUGCUCCUCUAAUUAAGAACGUUCAACUUACAAACAUCAUCACUGAGGGGGGUUACCUGCCAGAACAGGUGUUUAAUGUGGAUGAGACUGGAUUAUUUUGAAG